AUGUCGUUGCAAUCCACCCAACCCGACGUCAACACUCUGUUGCACAACAUGUGUGCACAGGUUUUGGUGUUGACCGCACAGCUUGCCGAGUUUCAGGCAAACCCCCCUGAAGCAGUUGAGCAAAAAUUCAAUAAAAAAGUCAAAAUUGUCGCUAACCCCAGCACCACUUUCAAAGGAGACCGGGCUCCAUUUGCUGAAUGGUGGAUCAAGCUCGAGAUUUGGAUUAAGGCAAACUGGGAUGUGUUUGCCAAUGAUUUUGAGAUAGCAACAGCUGUGCUAUCAAGACUAAAAGGACCUGUGGCAGGUCAAUACACCCAUGUACAACUCCAGGAAUGCUAUACCGCUGGUCACUGGCGUACCUGGGACAAGUUGAAAGUUGAAAUUGAAAAAUAUUUCAAACCACAAGCUGAGCGUGACUGGGCACACCAGCAAAUCCAUACCUUCAAGCAAGGAAACAUGAGGACGGAUGACUUUGUUACCCGGUUCCUGGCUCUCUCUAUCCAAGGGGGCCUAGAAAAUGAACAUGCGGUGGAGCUGUUGGAGCACAAUGUGUCACCAGCCAUUGCACAAUAG